AUGUUCAUUGAUAAAGAAACAGAAUUGUUUUGUUUAGGUGGUAGGGAUUUAGCUACUAAUGUAUCUUUGGUAGAGAAAGAAACAGACUUUGAGAAACAGGAAAAACCCACAAAGGAACAUAGAGAAAAGCUGGAGAAGCGGAAUUCUGCUACUGAAAAAGUAGAAAGAAAACAUUUAGACAGAGAGAAAAAAAUAAAAUGUGAACUUAAGUCAGAAAAAGAAAGAUCAGACCCCACUGAAAAUGUAGAAAAGACAAAAGAAAAAGAAAAAUCAUAUUUUCAGCAAACAGAAAAAUCUCAUAAAGAAAAUGACAAAUUAAAAAGCAUAAAUACUAUUAAAAAGCUUGAUGACAGAGAAAAAAUCAAAGAAAAACUUGAUAAAAAGCAUGACAAAGAAAAAAGUGAUAGAUACUUGUCAGAAUGCAAAGAAAAGCCUGGAAUUGAGAGAAAAUCCAAGGUUUCUGAAAAGGAAGCUGACUAUUCAAAAAUUGAAAAGGGUAAAAAAGAAAAGGAAGCUGAGAAAAAAGAAAAACCGAGAGAUCGGGAUAGUUCAACAGUUGCAACUAUAAAGCAUGUUCCAGAAGAGAAGAAAUGUAGCAUUGAAAAAACCUUGUCCUUGAAAGAGAAACCAAAAGAUGAAUUACUGAAAACUCCAGAUGGAAGAGAGAAAGAUAAAAAAGAUAAAGAUAUAGAUAGAUAUAAAGAGCGUGACAAACAUAAAGAUAAAAUACAGCCAAACAGCGUACUUAAGCUAAAACCUGAAACUGAAAAGCUUAAGUCAAAACCAGCAUCAGCACCUAAAGACAGUCGGCCUAAAGAAAAGAGAUUAUUGAAUGAUGAUUUGAUGCAGACAAGCUUUGAAAGAAUGCUUAGUCUUAAAGAUCUGGAAAUUGAACAAUGGCAUAGAAAACACAAAGAAAAAAUAAAACAGAAAGAAAAAGAAAGAUUGAAGAAUCGAUCCUGUUCAGAACUUAACAAAAUAAAAGAUAAGGACAAAAUAAAACAUCCGCUUACUGAACCAAAAACUAAAGAGCUGAUUCGUUCAAAAAGCUCUGAGUUGUCAGAUACUUGUGUGAAGGAUAAGCAGCCGAAAGAUGCUACAAGUAGUAGAUCACAGUCUGUUGACAUAAAGAAUUUAGCAGUUGGUGGGAAACUGUCACUGCUACAGGACAACAGCUUAAGUAGAUCUCCCAGAUCAGAAAGUGAAAAGACAGGGCUAACAUCCAGAUCAGUGUCCAUGCUUUCAGUGGCUAGUUCGGAGGAUUCUUGCCAUACAACAGUGACUCCUCCAAGACCAAUAACUGAAUAUGAUUCAGACUUCAUGCUUGAAGGAUCUGAUUCUCAAAUGUCUUUUUCACAUUCACCAUUUUUACCUAGUGCCAAAUCACCUGCUCAUCAUGAGACUGAUAGUUUAUCAGAGUUGCCGGAGCGCAAUAAAGCACCUUUUCCAAACAGGUUUCCACCAGCUUAUGUGAGAUCAGCAUCUGUUGAGGAUGUUAAACUUAUUAUAAACGAGUGCAGGCCGGUUGUAGAAGUUCGAAGGUGUAGUAUGCCAUCUGUUGUUUGUGAAAAUGCAAAGCAGCCCCGAGUGUCAGAAGAAAAUAAUCACAGUGCGUUGCUUUCAGUUCAGAGUCAUAGUUGCCCUUCUCCUAAACAUGAAUCACUAUGCUGUAAUUUGCUGGAGAAGGAUUCCCAAAAUGGUAUGUCAAGCAUGCAUUCCAGUUCUGCAUCAUCUCCAACUAGAUCUGCUAGCAACAAGCAUAUUACAUCAGAUGCAGUUAAAAAUGCUACUCUGACAAACCCAUCAGGAGAAAGUCAUACACCUUUGGAGCAGUGCAGCCAGAAUACGACUCCAUCAAGUAAACCAUGGGAUGUACCUUUGGAUAGAUUUAACUCAUUGAGCAGUGAGUGCAUCUGUUCAAAUUUUCCUGGCUUUGAGCAAGAUGCAGCAACUGUCCCAGCCAUACACAAUUCUGAAAAUAAAAUCUUGAAAGAACAGAAAAAUUCUGAACCUUUUCUUCAUCAUGCUGAAAACAUAGCAAAUUUUACAUCACCGGAAUCUGCAGCUGUUUUCUCUCUCCAGUCUUCUUGUUCGUCUCGGAUUCAGCCAAUCACAGAUGCAGUCUAUAUGUCAAAGCGUUCUAUACCAGAUAUUAGCAGCCUAGAGUCUCUGGUUGUUAAACACCAACAAAGUGCCAUUCAAGCUACCAAUUCAAUCUUAGAUGUAGAUACAAACAGUAAAAAGAAGAUAGAAAAAACUUUCUUUCCAUCAAACAAUAAAAAGUCAGAUGUGCUAAUCACUGUGUAUCCUGAAAGCUUCACUAAAGAUAUUUCACAACAUUUUGAAAAGGAUUUUAUUGCAAAUGAUCCUCGUUUACACCCUAAUGCAAGUUCUGUAGUCAGUAAGCUCAUUUAUAAGACAUCACAAGUGGAUGAGCUAGAUAGCAGCAUGAUUGAUAUUCAGAUUGCAGGUGAAAAAGACCAUUCUGAUUACCUGUAUUCAUCCCAUAUGACAAGUAAUAAAAAUGAAAUAGAUCUACAGGAUCUAAAUGGCAGAGCGCUGAAAGGAAUUGCUAAUGAAUAUAACAGAAAACUUUUUAAUAUAGACAGCAUGGAAAACAGUUCAAUGGAAGAAAACUUGCAACAGUGCCUUUCACCUUGUUUGGAAAGCCAUUCACAAUUAACUGGACAUGAAGUGCAUAAGUACAGUGCGAGUGUUAAGUCAGAAUUGGAAGAAGCAAUAGAAGACCAUAAAGGAGAACAGUAUGAAGUUCCUCAAAGAAUCACAAGGAACAGAGCAAAUAUGCUUGCUAAUCAAAGUAAGCAAAAUCUUACUGGUUGUCCUCAGAUAUCAGAAAGAGAUUCUGAAUCAUCUUCCUCUAUAAAAGGAAGGAUAAGACUGACUGAGGAAGAUGAUGCUCAGGCGCAUCAUCCUCGUAAAAGAAAGCUGUCACGUGUUCCUCAGCCUGUGCAAGUGAAUCCCUCAUUAAUGCAAGCUAAAGAAAAAAUUCACCAGUCUCUGGCAGCUAUUGUAGACGCUCUCAAACUAGAAGAGAUCCAGCCAUACAGUUCGGAGAGAGCAAAUCCAUACUUUGAAUAUUUGCACAUAAGAAAGAAAAUAGAAGAAAAGCGUAAAUUACUGUGUAGUGUUAUUCCUCAAGCGCCUCAGUAUUACGAUGAAUAUGUGACCUUCAAUGGAUCAUACCUCUUAGAUGGCAACCCUUUGAGCAAGAUAUGCAUUCCAACUGUAAGUAACUGGGUAUUUAAGUUUUAAUAGAGUGAAUUAUAUACUCUCAGCAAUCUCUUAAACUGUUCAGUUCAUUCCAGUGUAAGCUAAUGGAACCAGAUUCCUAUUCUGCAUAGUAGGAGCAUGCUGCAACCAUGUUACUUUUUGCUUGAUCGUUCUGCAUGCUCCUUGCCACCCCCUGUCCCCAUCCCAUAACUGUCAGAGGCUUAGUGCUGUCCAGCUGGCCAUAGAUAAGACUCCGGGCUCCCAAUUGAUUUAUUUGACAAAGUUCAAACGUACAUCUCCAGCGUUUCCAUUAGCCUCCUUACCCUUGUGCGCAGUUGCUCCCUCUAAUCUUACUUCCUCCUUUUCCGCACCCAGCAUGCAAGUCUGCGAAAACUCCUCCCCUUACUUCCUCUGUGUACAGCAUGACUUGUCCCAGGCUCAUCCUCCUCCCCCUCUACGUCAGACUAGACGACAAGCUGCUGAUAAUCUCUUUAGGCUCUCUAUAACUGCUGGUUUCUGUCCUUUCAUCUUUUCCCAUUUGCCUCUCCCUGACAAUAACAAUAGUAUAUUUUACUUUCUGCAUAAACUAAAUGAGAAAGGGGAUGUUUUUGCGUAAGGAGAAUAGCUAUGCUGCUGUUUUCUACUUUCUUAUUAAAUGUAAAACAAAUAUGUAUUUUUGAUGCAACCAGCUGAUGCCGAAAGGGCCAAGAAAAUACUCAUGAGUAGCAUAGUUUGCUUUCCACAUUUUUUACAAGAUAACUUUACAUUGCCCUUUUGGCUCCAGUGAUUAUGCAACUGGAAAGUUGCUAGGAGGACUUGUUAGCCAGAUUUUUGGAGAAGACAGAUAAUGCUGUCAAAAGGUGAAGGAGUUUGGAAGCUUCCACUUCUGUUUAAACAUUACAUCUGAACCUUAAACUGCAGAUUAACUGUUAUUAUGAACUACGGUUUACUCAAGUAAGCCAGCUUCUUAAACUACAAUUUGAAAUUGGCUUUGUUUUUGUAAACAGUUGUUAAAACUAACUGCAGUUUGUCUGGUUCAGAAGUCAAUCUGAAACAGAAACAAGCUUUCAAAUUCCUUGCAAGCUGUGCCAGGGAAAAAUAGACAAGGCUCACACAGACUUGUCCUAUGCCAUGAUUUAGCGUUACAUAUGAAUGCAGUCCAUUGACUUGCAUCUGCUUGAUGUGCUGCUUUCAUAUAUAUAAAGAUUCUUUAAACAAUGUUUCAUGUUAACACAGUAAACUUCAUAUAUUUAAUUCCGUAUUUGUGAUACAAAUAUGUGCAUUCGGUGACAUUUUAAGCACCAUAAUUUUUUCCUCCAGUUGACUAUGUUAUGGCUCUUGCUUAUGUAUACAGUAUUGUAUAUAAAUGAUAUUGCAUGAACAAUUUUUUCACAGAUCACACCACCUCCUUCACUGUCAGAUCCACUUAAAGAACUGUUUAGACAACAAGAAGUUGUAAGGAUGAAACUUCGUUUGCAGCACAGUAUUGAGAGGGUAAGUGCCAUAAAAUCUUGGCUGAUAGUGUUUAUUUAUUCAUUUAUUUUCACCCAGUAGACUGAUGACUGUAUAAGAUGGGCAAGUCUUUUAAAAGUUUUAUCGUUUUAAAGAGAAAGGAUUAGAAUGAAGAAAAACUGUUACAUGUUAAGAUUUAAGCACAAUAUGUACCGUACUUUUCGCUCCAUUGGACGCAGUUUUUCCCCUCCAAAAACUGAGUGGAAAUGUGUGUGCGUCCUAUGGAGCGAAUACAGGCUUGUGCCAUAGCCGCGCGCAGCCCCUCCGGCAGGGAGAGGCUGCACAGGGCUAUGGCUUCUUUAGCUCCAUGCAGCCUCUCCCGGCAGGGAGAUAUUGCGCGGGGCUAAAGAGGAAGCAAAGGCAGCGAGUGGGAUGGAUCCCGCUCGCUGCCUUGGCUUGUUCCAUAGCUGCGCGCAACCCCUCCGGCAGGGAGAGGCUGCACGGGGCUAUGGCUUCUUUAGCCCCGCGCAGCCUCUCCCGGUAGGGAGGGAUUGCGCGGGGCUUAAGAGGAAGCCAAAGCAGCCAGCGCGAUCCAUCCUGCUCGCUGCCUUGGCUUGUGCCUCCGGCAGGGAGAGGUUGUGCGCAGCCUGUACGCUGCUCUUUGGGGCUGGGGGGGGAAGAUUUUUUUUAUUGAUUUCCCCAUCUAAAAACUAGGUGCACCCUAUCGUGCGAAAAAUACGGUAGAUUGUUAAGAAGUUGUUAAAAACUUGCAUCUCCAAUCAGAACCUAUAUAUACCUGGGAAUUCCUUUAAAGAAAAGGAGAGUUUACACUGUGCUAAGAAAUUCAUAUAAGAAGCCAUUCUUAUCGGGAAGUUUUGAAAGUUCUACUUAGAUUUCUAAGCCAAGUCUCAUAGUAUUUUCUGUAUGAAAUCUCUGUAAAUGUGCAUGUUUAUUGGUAUGAAUUAAUAGAGAGAAUUAAUAGAAAUAUUACAUUUCAAAAAUCUUGAAAGUGUACUUCAGAAAAGGAAAAACAAUGAUCAAAUAGUAUUUUAAUGAAAUUUUGUGUUUUAAAACUCUGAUUAUUUUUUUGUUUAACUAGGAAAAGCUUAUUGUUUCCAAUGAGCAAGAAGUAUUGCGUGUCCAUUAUCGAGCAGCAAGAACUUUAGCUAAUCAGACUUUACCAUUCAGUGCAUGCACAGUACUGCUGGAUGCUGAAGUGUAUAAUGUGCCUAUGGACAGCCAGGUAAAUUUUUAAAAAGACUGCUUUUAAGGUUUGGUUUGGAAAUAAACCCAUAGGUGAAGUUACUUUUUCAAACUAAGUCUAAUAAAGUUAACAUGAAAACACGUUUUACCAUAUUGGCCCGAAUAUAAGCUGCACUUUUCCCCAAUUUCAGACCCUGAAAGGUUAAAGUGCGGCUUAUAUUCGUGACUUUUUACCAUAUGCUGCUGAAAGUGGCUGGGAAGCACACGCACUCCCUAGCUGCUUGCUGGCGGGAGUGGGGGGAGCAGCAUCCGCCUCCCAGCUGGUUGGCAGUGUUCGCUCCCUAGCUGCUUGGUGGGGGGGGAAGCAGCGCGACCGCCUCCCAGCUGCUUGGUGGGAGGGGGGAGUGGCACGCCUGCCUCCCAGCUGGUUGGCGGGGGGGGAGCAUGCGCAGGUCAUCCAGCUAGGGAGCACAUGCACCGCCAAAAAGCUGGGAGGCAGGUGCACCCCCCCCAGCUAGGGAGUGCAUGCACCACCAACCAGCUGGUAGGUGGGCACCCAGCUCCCCAAGCCGGUGCCGGCGUUCGGCUCUUGAGUGCGCUGUGUGCCCGCCUCCUGGCAUUACCGCCCUGAACUGGGGCGGCCAGCACCGGCUUGGGGAGCGGGGCGCCGAGUGUCAGCACCGGCUUGGUGGCCACACCUGCAAAUAAGCCUUGAAUUUUAAGGGUGUGGCUUAUAUGUGGGUGCAGCAUAUAUUCGGGCCAAUAUGGUAUUUAAAUUUAAUUCUAAUUUUAAAAGUUGCUGAUUCAGACAGCAUACUGCUAGAGUUCUUUAAGAAUUCACAUAUGAAAUUGUUCGUUGAAUUGUCUAAACUUCUAGCAACUUGUUCCUAAAAUUAUCUUCCUUGCUGGACAUUUGGAAGGUACCCAUUGUAAAACCAAUUUGUUUAAAAGGAAUCUGUUGAGGAUAAAUUACUCUAUUUGGCUAAUCUCAGUCCUAGUUAAAUUAGUGGGAAACAUUAGGCUAGAAUUCUUAUAUAGAAGAACUGGAUGCUGAAGACAAAUUUGCAUGGUCUGCAGAGAAGAAAGGUUUUCACUUUUAACUUUUUAAAAAUAUUGAAAGAGUUUGUGUAAAGUCUUGUGUAAACAGAUUUAAUCUGGCUCAUGGGAGAAUCACUUUUUUCACUCUCCACACUAGGUCAGAAACAGCCUGACUGGAAGAGGCUUUCUGCUAGUGCAGAAACGGCAAACCUGUGGACCUCCAGGUGUAGCUAACUCUCAUCAACCUCAGCCAGUAUGUCCAAUGGUCAGAGAUGGUGGGAAUUGUAGUUCCAACAUCUGGUGGGCCACAGGUUCCCCAUCUCUGCACCUAAUGGAGACAAGGUCACAUUUGGAUCCAAACUACUAUUUUUCAUCACUCUUAACAUUUUAAAAAUAUGGGUCUACCAUUUUUAGCAUUGGAAUAAAUUACUAUAUAAUUAACAUUGUCUAUAAUUUCUAAUACAUUUGAUUUCCAGACUGAUGACAGCAAAACAUCAGUUAGAGAUCGAUUUAAUGCACGACAGUUUAUGUCAUGGUUACAGGACGUGGAUGAUAAAUUCGACAAGUUAAAGGUAUGUGCUUUUAUUGGACCUUUUCCAAAAAAGAUCUUUCAGUAGAAAGCUGCAAUAAACCAUCUAGCACAUGGUCUCCUUCACAUUCUUUGUGUCAUAGCAAAUUCAGGAGAAAAUAGAUAAUACAUGUCUUAAUUCAUUUAGUUGCUCACACGUAUGGAAUAGAACAACACCUGAGUUCCUGCCUCCAUGGGUUUCUCAGUUCAGGGAAUUUGCAGGGAUCACAAACGUGUCAAUUUUAUUUGUGGAACUGCCUUAAUAUUGCACUGAAUGAGGAAGCCAGUACUCAGUGAGUAGACUUCAUGUAUAUCAAGGUGUCAGGAGGAUAUUCUUAGUGUAUCCCGUGUAUCCAUCCAAAAGGGUGGGGUAGGGAACAAAAUAUGGAGAAGUCCUGAAGUGCACAUGGAAGCAUUUCCAUUCUCCUUAAGAAUUCUUUUGAAAUCAUGCCAUUGGCAUCUAUGGAAUAUAUGGUGUAUGUCUAGAGGGCUUGGACCCAGAAUUAAGUGCAUGUAACAAGGUUGGCAGUAGCUGACUUCCCCACCCAACCUCCUCUCCACAGCAGUUCUCCCAAAAUACCUAGAAAUCUUUCAGGGGACUCUGCUAAAUGGGAUGGGCUGUGACACAGAGAGAUGAGGGUAAAGGGAGGAUACCUGAAAAUUAGGUGGGGAUACUUUUCAUGAGCAGAUGUCCUGUUCAUGGAAGUUGCCUUUUUAAUUACACAUGCUUAGUACUGGAUCUAAUUCAGAGUGAACUGCAUAUGUACAGCGUUGAGAAAAGAAAAUGGUGCAGAAUGAAUAUCUUUUUCUAAAGACCCCCUUAAAGCAGGAAUAGCCAGCAUUUUAAAGCUUUAGGUAAAAGGAGCUGACGCUUUAGCAUCUAAUUGCUCUAGGGUUGAUUUAUUAAAAGUGCUAGCAUUGUUUUAUGGAAUAUUUAAUUGCCUCUAGAAUUACAAAAAAUAAAAACCCUAUUCAAAACAUGAAUAGGCUCACAAGUAUAAGAUCAAAUCGUCUCAGGGGUUUGAUUGGCCUGUGGACUGUCAAAUUGGCCGUCCCUGUCUUGGAGAAUUCAGUAUGCGGUUCACAUUAAGGUGUACUUGGAAUAAUUGACUAUUCAUCUGUUUAUUUUGAAAUAGACAUGUCUCUUGAUGAGGCAACAACAUGAAGCAGCAGCUUUAAACGCUGUUCAGAGACUGGAAUGGCAGCUUAAACUACAAGAACUUGAUCCUGCAACUUAUAAAUCCAUCAGCAUUUAUGAAAUUCAGGAAUUCUAUGUUCCUCUUGUGGAUGUUAAUGAUGACUUUGAAUUGACGCCCAUAUGA